GCAAAGCUGAAAGCCUCAAAGCCCUAGAGCUUGCGGGAGUUCCCUUCUUCAAUUCUCGAGGUCGGUUCUCCGAAUAAUGGGGAAAAAAUCUGGUAGCCUAUACAUAAACCCGAAGAAAUUUGGCGCAUUUGCAAAACCUUGCAUGAAAGAAAUGAUGUCAUUUCUCAACUGCUUGUCCUUAAACCAGAUAAAUGAUGACAAAUGUGCCAGGCAAAAGGAGCUUUUGGGUGCCUGUAUGGAUGCCCAGAAUAACAAAAACCGAAAAGCAUGGGGCAGCAUAAAUUACCACUUGCAGAGGCUUAACAAAACAAGGAAGUAGUUCGGAUUUCACAAGAAGGAUGUAUGUUACAUAGUCACUCUUCUACUUCAUCACUUUGCAGGUUUAGUAGGGGAUAGAAGUGGUAUGCAUAUUAAAUGAGAGAACGAUUAUUUGUCAUUAUCCUGUUGGAUAUGCCAAUUUUACUGAUGGAAAAAUUUUGGAUGUUUUGUUUGAGCAAUGCCAUUGUAUCUCAGCAUUUUAUAAUGAUCAAUACACAUCUAAUUAGGGGACAAACUUUUUCGUUUAUUUUUAUUUUUGGAUUCGUGGGAACAAUCGAGGUGGAAGUUAUUUCAUUUGACAAAAAUUUUAGGUCACAUAAACUUGGACUAUAUGAAUAA